AUGAGCCUUCAGGGGUCCCUGGCGCCAGUGGCGGCCAAGCUGCCGAGCGGCUUGACCAUCAAGAACACCUUCCUGGACCAUCAGUCGCCCUGGAUCGACUACGUCACCGUGGGAGACCGCCCCAAGUCGGAUCCCACCUGUAACGCAACAUCGUCCUCAAUGGCGGAGGUGGCAAGCAGCGGAGGGAACUCCUGGGUGGGAGAAUUCGGGGGAGGUCGUCUGCCGAAGGAGGAGGACGCCAAGCAGCAGUCUGGCAGGAGCUCGGAGAAGGGUGGGAACGACAGCUCGGAUGGUCCGCGCGUGUCCUUAAAGCCUCAGUCGAUCGGCAGGUCAAAGCGGCGUCGCAUGCAGCGGAAGGCCAUGCAAGUUUUUUUGAGGGGGACGCGGGGCGCCCAUUCCGCUGCAGAGCACACCGCGGAGGGCAGCUCGGGCUCCAUGCGAAGUGGCACCAGCACCAAGGUCUCUCUGUGA